ACCCUCCUGCAGGAUUUUUCCUACGAUGAUUCCAAGGUGGAAUUCAACGUGGAUGCCCCCAACGGGGUGGUGAUGGAAGGUUACCUGUUCAAGAGAGCCAGCAACGCCUUCAAAACAUGGAACAGGAGAUGGUUUUCCAUCCAGAACAGCCAGCUCGUCUACCAGAAAAAACUCAAGGACGUUCUGACCGUGGUGGUCGAGGACCUGCGGCUCUGCUCGGUCAAGCCCUGCGAGGACAUCGAGAGGAGAUUCUGCUUCGAGGUCGUGUCCCCCACCAAGAGCUGCAUGCUGCAGGCUGACUCGGACAAGCUGCGCCAGGCGUGGAUCCAGGCAGUCCAAGCCAGCAUCGCCUCCGCGUACCGCGAGAGCCCCGACUGCUGCUUCCUCCAGAGGUUGGACCGAGCAGCCUCCCCCUCCACCAGCAGCAUCGACUCGGGCGCGGAGUGCCGGGAGCGCGGCGGGAAGGGGGAGAGCGUCGUGCACAGGGUGCAGAGCGUGCCGGGCAACGAGCGCUGCUGCGACUGCGGCCAGGGGGACCCGCGCUGGGCCAGCAUCAACCUGGGCGUGCUGCUGUGCAUCGAGUGCUCCGGGAUCCACAGGAGCCUGGGUGUUCACUGCUCCAAGGUCCGAUCCCUCACGCUGGAUUCCUGGGAGCCGGAGCUGCUCCGACUGAUGUGUGAGCUGGGGAACAGCGCCAUGAACCGGAUCUACGAGGCGCAGUGCGAGGAGCUGGGGCUGAAGAAACCAACAGCGGGGAGCUCCAGGCAGGACAAGGAGGCCUGGAUCAAGGUGAAGUACGUGGAGAAGAAAUUCCUACAGAAGUUACCGGCCGAGCCCCGGCGCUGGUGCCUGGAGAAAUUCCAGAGGCAGCCCCGAUCCCGCAGGAAAUCGCGCCGGGAAUUCGGGAACGGCUCCCGCCUCGCGCCGUCCUCAGCCGCCCCCCUGGAGAGGAAAUUCCGCCGCGAUUCCCUGUUCUGUCCCGACGAGCUGGAUUCGCUCUUCUCCUACUUCGACACCGGCGCCGGCUCCGGGCCCCGCAGUGCCAGCCUCGUGUCCCCUCAGCAGCCGCUGGCCGGCGGCGCCUGGGCCCGGGCGGGGCCCCCCGGCUCCCACCUGGACGGAG